AUGCUGGUGGCCAACCGGACGCUGAGGGAGCUGCAGCUGGAUAACAACGAGAUAGGAGACCCUGGGGCGAUCGCGAUCGCAGAGAGCCUGGAGCCCAACCAGGUGCUGCAGCAGCUGUGGCUUCCCGAAAACCCGAUCACCGAGGCGGCCAUCAUGAAGUUCGCAGAGUACCUCGAGGUCAACACGGGCAUCCAGAAUUUGGGCUUGUCGUUCAACGGUGGCCCCGACAGCGCCUGCGUGGAGGCGCUGCGGAGGGCGAAGCGGAAGCGGCUGGAGCGCCAGAGAGUUCAGCGCAGGCCGGACGACUGGAGCGUGCCAGCUCCGGCGAAGAUGUCCUCCAGGUCGGCUGCGCAGGGAGACGAGGCGGCCGGGAGCCCGCGCAGCUCGCGCCUCUCGUCCCGCUCCGCCUUCGACGCCGCCAUCGGGUCGGCCCGCGGGGCCGCCGCGGAGGCCGGCGCGGGCGCGUUCCUGGGCCUGGACCAGAUGCCGGCGGACGUGUCCGAGGCCGUCAUCGGCGAGAUACACGAGCUGGAGGCCGACCUGAACAACCGGCUGCUGGUCUGGGAGCUGCCCCAGCAGAGUGCGCGCACGCCGCGCUCCAGCCGCGCGUUUGCGCCCGCGGUGACGGAGGGAGACUCCGACUCCAGCGGCGCGCCCAAGGUGGAGGAGGGAGAUUCCGAUUCCAGCGGCGGCGGUGACAUCCAGGGCUGCGCCGGCGUUUUCGUCGACAGCGACUCAGAUGGUGGCAACUGA